AUGCCACUUCCAAAGAAUAGACUGUUUGCCCAAUUUCAUGCGCCACAAACAGCCAGAAUGAAGGAUGAGAUUCUGCUACAAUUGAGCAUGGAAACACCGAAGGUCAGAGUGGUUUUUGCUACAGUAGCCUUUGGAAUGGGAGUGGAUAUUCCUUCAAUCAGGCACAUUAUACACAUUGGACCCCCGAGAACAAUACGUGAGUAUUUUCAAGAAACUGGGAGAGCAGGUCGAGAUGGGAAAUAUUCAAAAGCUAUCCUCUAUUAUAAUAAUAGGGAUAUUGGAAAAAACAAACAAGGGAUCCAGGAUGAAAUAAGAACAUUUUGUCGUAGUGAAAACCAAUGCUUACGAUGUUUGCUUUUGGAAUGUCUUGACAUCAACAAACCAGAGUCAUUUUCACCAGGACAUUUGUGUUGCAGCGUGUGCAUGAAGGCUUGUUCAUGUAUUGAGUGCAGUUUAAUACAGUGACGUAAGAACUGUCUUUGGGUUGAUGAAACACUGUCUGUUUCCUGGCACAUUCAACAACUAGUGCUAAAUACCAUUAGCAGAAUCAUACUAGUAUACUAUCGCAAAUGCUGUAAUUUGAUUGGCUACUCUACUCACUACCUAUUCCUCGAUAGAUAGCGAGUAGCAAAACAAUAAUUUCCCUAGCCCAUUUUUUUAAGAAAAUCGCUUUCAGUCUGCAUGUUUCAUUGUUUUUGUGCAAUAUUUUAUAUUUGAUCUCUGAUUCUACUAAAACAAUUAGAUUACUUGCUCUCAAUUUCUAUGAGGUGACAGUUGAUCCGGGCUUUGCCUUCAUCAACUUCACGUCAUAGAAAUCUGGAGCUCGUAAUCUAAUUAUUAAAUAGUAAAUUGGAGAAAUCAUACUGUUUAGUAUCACAACUAUAUAAUGACAUAUGAUGGUCCUUACCAAGUGUAAUUCUGUGUAUUAAAGUGUAGUCCCUGUGUAAAAUUACAGUGUGUACCAAAUAUAAUUUCUAUAUGGAUUGCAGUGCAGCCCUGGUGUAAAACUAUAGUGUUUAUCCAAUGUAUUCCUUAUGUACAGUAUUACAGUGCAUCCCUGGUAUGAAAUGAAAGUGUGCACCCAAUGUAUCCCUUGUGUGCACACCCCUUUGUAGACUAAAAUUGUCUAGUGUCAGUUAUAGUAACAUAGCAAAGUUUGGCACAGCCAGGAAAUUACAACUUAAUAUUGGCCUUUACAAUAAAGGUGGGUGCCUCCCAGUCCUUUAGAAAUUUCUAACAUACAUACCAUUACAAUGGACCUUCCCCCUUAUAACUAAAAUUUCGAUCUAGACAAAAAUUUCAUCACAGCUUGAAAGAGCAUCACAAAAUUAGUAAUAUUCCAAAGUUUUGUUGCAAAAUCUUGUAAAAUGCGGAUAAUAUAGCCUUGCGAAGUUUGCCGUUUUUCAGUCAUUUUGUAUUACAAACGGGAAAUUGACAUCCGAUUCGGGUGUUGGGGCUGCAAUUUCCCGUUUGUAAUGCAAAAUGACUGAAAAUUGCAAACUUUGCAAGGCUCUAUUUUCCUCGUUUUACAACAUUUCGCAACGAAACUUUGGAAUAUUACUAAUUUUGUGAUGCUCUUUCAAGCUGUGAUGAAAUAUUUGUCUAGACUUGCCUAGAUCAAAAUUUUGGUUAUAAGGGGAGAGGUCUAUUGAAUACAAAAUUUCACAUUCCCUUUUUUAGAAAAUCACUGAUUACUCAUUUUCUCGGUAUUGGGCAAGUUUUUUGCCUUGGGAACUUUUUGUGGUAAUUGAGCAUCUAUGGUACUAUGCAUUGAACCACAGAAAAUCUAUUCCCCAGGGGGUUGCAACGAAAUUGCUUUUCUACGCACUUUUUCGCACAACGGCCCACGGCAAACAAGGUUCCCUCCUCUACGCUGCUGCUUGAGAAUCUGGAAACGAGGUUGGCGCCUCAUUACAGUAUAUGACUGUGCAUUUGUUUUGAUCUGAUUUAGGCUGUUGUGAAAUGUCUAGAGUUUCAUCCAAGUUCGAAAAUUCUUCUUGUUGCUGGGUUGAAUAAUACGUUAAGUAUAUUCCAGGUACAUUACAUGUGAAAUAAAUAAGUGUUUUAAGUACUCUUCUUUGAAAAAUCAUCACUUGAACAUUUACACGUAUUUGAAAUUGUGAAGAAUUACAUAGUGGGUGUCAUAGAUUGCUGUCCUAAUGGUCUUACUGCGUGUUUCUGCAACUUUUAGUUAGCGACGCCAUGCUGCACUGAAACACAGUAUUUUUUUUUAUUUGAUAGGUGGAUGGAAAGACGAAUGCAAAUCUUCAAACGAUAUAUUUGAAAGGCUUUCCUAUCCAUACCGCACAUUUCAUUGAGAAUGGCGAGCAAGUCAUACUGGCUUCACAAAGAAGGCAUUUCUAUUGUUAUGAUAUGGUUGCUGGUAGUGUGACCAGAAUCCCAGAAAUAAGAGGUAUUUCUGUAGACACGAACCUCGUGCUAUUAGAAAACUCCUUAAACUCAUUACGCUAAUUCUGGUGAAUAUUUUGCUGUAUUUUAUACUAUUAAUGUUGUUGAUGCAGUAUAUACAUAUGUACCUUGAUGUGUCUUCUUUCACCUGAAUAUUUUGGUCAUUGGCAAAACAGUAUUAAAACAGUUUGUGUCAUGUUGUUUGUAAAUAAAAAAUUUCCAAAACAAAUGUGUAUAUAAUGCAUGCUUAGGCGAAAAGAGCUAUAAUUUUUGUAUCGUUUCAGGGAAAGAGGAAAAACAGUUUUCAAAUUUCUUUGCAUCGCCAGACGGAAAAUAUUUAGUGUUCACUGGGAACAGUGGAUUCAUGUAUCUCCUGUCCAGCAAGGUAUAUACAUUGUUUAUAUUUCGUAACUGGUAAACAAGUCAGUAACGCUCUGCUGUGUGAGAUUAAAUAUCAAUGCACCUACAUUAAGUCUAUCGAGCGAUAAUUUUCAGUAUACUCGUUGCAUUUUUAGACCAAACAGUGGAUGGCUGACCUCAAGAUGAAUGGCUCCGUGACUACUAUAGCAUUUUUCGCAGAUGGAAAACGAAUGUUAUCUGCUGGAAGUAAGUACCAAAGUUCAUGUAUUUGGUUUACUGGAAGAGAGGUGAGGAAAAGUUACUACAUGUAAAUUUUAAUUUUUACAAGAACCAAUCUUCUCAUGCACUUCUAUAUAUGAAAGAUCAAUUUUUAACGUCUUUUAAUGUCUAUAAAACCAAAAUCUCGAAAAAACGACAUGGAUGCCGCCAUUGCCUUGUCAUUGAAUUUGCCGAUUUAGGUAAACAGAGCACACGCCUUGGUCAUUUUCCAUUGUUUGACGCCACGUAUCGAACGCCCACAUUCGCGAAGCGACAUUUUCCUUUGUCGGCACCAGGGCCGCGGGGGGGGGGGGAAAUUUGCCCCGGGCCCCCACCUUAAUAGGGCCCAACUUGAUAGCAAGAGCCUAAAAUUGAUUAGGUUCUUUAAAUUAGUCAGAGCAUUUUUGAAAUUGAGGGCCCCUUGCAGUACCUCCAAAAUCCAAAUGCAGUCUAGCUAAGGUCUAGUUGAGUCUAGCUUAAAAAUAAUGAUGUCAUGGGGCCCCCAGGGACGAUUUGCCCCGUGCCCCGCGAAUUUUCUCGGCGGCCCUGGUCGGCACAGUGAGCUCUAUAUAUAUCUGGAGCAAGAACUUCAGUCAUUCGGCCUAUGAGAAAAGUGAAGCCAAGAUGGCGGCAAUUAACGUCCAAUAUCUCUGAAGGUCGUUAACAGUUUUUAUACCAUUUUCGCCAGCUAAUUCCAGUUUUUCAUAAUAUUAGUAGUCAAAAUAAGAAAUUUCGAUACACCCCCGGCAGCUUCGUUUCCGACCGCCCAGAAAAAAAAACAUUAGAAAGAGACUUUGACGUCCAAUAUAUAUUGACGUCAAUCCGAAUAGCUCUUCAAUUUCCGCCAUUUUUGGCUUCUCUUUUUGGACUCGAGUUCUCACUCCAGAUAUAUAUGAAGCUUACUGUGUCGGCAUAGCUUAUCACGUCAGCAGAAGCGAUGACAAGGAAGGAAAAAGUCGCUUUGCGCAAACAAAUUCGUCGAGUGGAAAGUCGGCUUAACUGUGGUGCUACGCAGCGUCCGUGAGUAAAAAUUUGGAGUUUGGAAAAAAUUCGGAAACAAAUUCGCCGAGUGGAAAAUCUGCUUAACUGUGGUGCUACGCAGCAUCCGUGAGUAAAAAUUUGGAGUUUGGAAAAAGGUGUUUUUGCAGAAAUACUCGAAGUGGCGCCGUCUCCAAUCUCCAUACAGUUUCUGUCUUCGUCUUUCCGUGUUCACAUUAUUCGUUGCUUUUAAGCAACUAAAAGUCUCCAUCUAGUACAGACGCGUACUGUCCAUAAUCCAAUCCAGAGGUCGUCAUGAUUAACAGACACAGCUGAAUACUGUCGAAAUGAGUUUCCAGUAAGCUUUUCUGUAUUUCUGAUGUCUGAUACAAAUAUAUGGGUUCAAUAUAGAGUGAACAGGCAUCAGAUGUAAUGCAGUGAUGUGUAACCUAGCAGGAAUACAUGAGCUACAGAUGAGAUUUUCUAGUGCAAUUAUGGCACAAUAUGGCACAAAGCAUAUGACAAAUGCAGCUGUAAUGAUCGCAAUUCCUUAGUCAUUCUCUGCCAUAAGUGCUUUGGUGAAUAGGGCGAUAUUCCUCUAUUUACCCCACUAUAGUUUCAGCGACUGCUGACGAAAAUUGUUCAGCAAUUCGUCGACUUUGUUCCAGUGAAAUUUUAAAAAUUUUGUAGUCUGUGUAAGCAUAGACAAUGUAAGCCAUUACAUGCAGCAACGGGAAGAAGAACGAAAAUAAAUCCUGAUGUAACGACAAAUUGAGAAGAGUUGUAACACCACCGCGUUGGUUUCCUCUUCCUGUAUAAAGGAUUGCAAUGGGAAGAUAACAUAACGCAGUUGACCAGAUAAUCACCAGUAGUGUAUAAGUCCUUCUCAAUGUCAUAAUGAAGGGAUAUUUUAGAGGCCGCAUGAUAAAAAUAUAUCUAUCAAGAAUUAUAGACACUAGUGCGAAUACAGCAAGACCUAAAGCUACACAACCACUUGAAUGACUGAACUUACAAAAGAACUCCACGUUUUUAUCAGUGCCUUGGAUGUAUUCAAUCAUGUCUGCCAUCCAUAUUGGAUAUGUAGUAAGGCAGCCAAGAAGAUCUGUAUUAUUCUGUAACAGCCAAGUUACUCACCAAAACACUGUUCGGUGUCAUAUCAUAAUUCGUCAACGCAUGGUGUAUUAUCACUCCACAAUUUCCACAUACGCCAAGAAGCAAGCAAAAACAGUUAAAUAUUAUAAAAGUGCCAAGAAAGGAUAAAGCGAAUUUGUCGCCUAAAGCAGUCGAGAUAUUCAUAUUGCGAUAAUUUAACUAUUUCAAUCUUGAGUUCCACUAUAUGCGCAAAUAUUCAGUGAAAAGAAUACUGUAGAAGAGGAACACGGAGCCUGCACCCUGCGUACUCGUUAACUUACAACCCUACUCUGACACAAAACAAAGAAAUUUUAAAUGACAUUUUUACGCCGCUUAUGUUUGCAGUAGUGUCUAUUAAUUGAAGGUUUAUUAAACUACACGUAAAGUGCAAAUAUUCCAGAAUAUUGCAAGAAACCAAUAUCGUACAAUAAGUGAGAAUGAUGAAUGAAAAACCUUAAUUAUAAAUUAGGGAAAACUAUUUUUCAAAAGUGAGAAGACAACGUGUCAGAAACUCAUGAUUAAAAGUUCUGCAUGCCGAACGUAAUUUGACACUAAAUUAAACUUUUUAUUGCUUAAAUGGAGUUGAUAGAAGCUGCUGCACUCAAAUUACAAACAUUCAUAUGCAGUAUGUCACUACACGCGCAUUUUGAAAAUUCAAGCCCAUUUUUCACUAUUCGAAAACAAAUCUUGGCAAUGUGAUUGGUCAGCGAAAAAAUUCGCUGCGAAAAAGUUGGACCAGUUCCAACUUUUUUGCUGUUCGCGCUAGCAAAUUCGCCCAGUGGAAAAUGGGCUUCUUUGACAGCUUUAUGAAAAGCAUUUUUCCCAAUAGUUGAAUAUCAAAUCGCGCUUUAAAAUACUAAUUUUGUAUAACUUGAAUUAGAUGAUGGUGAAGUGUAUGUUUGGGAUAUAAAAUCGAAGAGAUGCAUUCAUAAAUUUAAAGAUGAAGGAUGUAUAAAAGCGACUGCUCUUGCUGUCUCACCUAAUGGUCUAUAUCUUGCUUGUGGGUAUGUAUUUUAAUAACACCUCCCUGGCUCCCUCUAUGAAUGUAGGAUCGUGUUGGACAAGAAAAGGGAAGAUUUAGAAUGUCAAUCGAGUUUUGUGCAGCUCAAGAACGUCUGAAUAUCGAUUAACGUUACUCAAAAUUUGUCAAGGCGAUAUAAGGCGUUGAAGAACAAUUUUCCCUUUCAAAAACGGCCAGCCUCUCCUAAACGGUCAGCUCCUCUCAUUGCUUUCUAGGAAAGAAAAUCCUCUAAUCUACCGCGCUGGAUUCUAGAAUCACUGCUCGCAGUGGGGGAUGGGAAUGGCUCAAAACAAUUUUAGAACAGUUUCACAUUUAGUACACAUACUGUAUUUUGCUUCUUGAAACUUGAAUCUCAUGGCGGAUUUUCAGAAUAUUGAAUAUUUAUGCAAUAUCAUUCUGUAAAUGGCGACCAAAGUGCAAAUCUCUGUUUAGCCGCUUCUUUUUAAAAAUUAGACGAAUUUAUGCUUUUCGAGCUUCUUUGGGAUUUGUCCCAACCUCGUAUGGAUAUAUUUCACUUCGGCUCUGGGAGCGAGAUUUGAAUUUGUGUCCAAAACAAAUGUAAAAUAUUUACCUCACUUAGGCCCUGUUCACAUGAUCCCAGGAUAAACAACUGCCCCGGGAUAAACAACUGCCCCGCGACAAGUCAUUGACCCGGGGCACAGAAUAAAGAUCAGUACCAGAAGGGCCACUCAGCGUUGCAACGUGUCACCAUUUUUCUAUGCAAAAAUAUGCAGUUGACUGGCCAGAAGGCGGGGCCUUCAUCCAAUACAGCGCGUUUAUUGGCCAGAAAAUGUAAUCGACUGGCUAGGAAGAUGGCGGCCAGGGUGGCCCUUCUGUGUGCCUUAUUCUGUGCCCGGGGUAUUGAUAUCGUCUGUUCACAUGAACAAAGCUAGCGCGGGUCAUGGCUAUAAAUACAUUACGCGGAAUCAUAAAAUAUUCCCGCCAACGUGAAACGGUGAAAUAUUGCUAAAUAAAAAACAUUCUGAUAAACGCAAGUCUUUUUUUAUGAUAUUUACAAAUAGAACGUAGUUGAUUAUCAGCCGUAAUAAAAUGUGCUCAAUUCAUUGUUUCUUGUUGACCAGAUCAAAUUCUUUGAGUAACAUACUACACUUUUUGGUUUCAAACAUGAUAUUAGCGACAAUUUUAUUUUAAUAUUAUUAGAAUCAUCACUUAUAGAUUUCUAAUGAUAUCUUUAAUCAAAUAACAAGUUUUGUGGAGUCCAACGUGCUCUAAAUGUAAUUUUAGCCGCGAUUUUGAUCAUUUCACCAAAAAUUCAAUUAUCCCGGGACAAAGUUGCCCCGGGGUAAAAUGUUCACAUAAGGAAAAGUUGUCCCGGCUAGGCGAGUGUCCCUGUCUACAGAGGCGAGGCACUCGGGUCAAUUCUUGUCCCGGGACAAGUAAAAUAUCAUGUGAACAGCACUAUUCUUUUACUAAGGAGCCGAGACAAUUUUUGUCCCGCGACAAUUGCUUGCCCCGAGACAUAACGCUGUCCCGGGUUCAUGUGAACAGGGCCUUACAAUGAUCAUACAGUAUUGUCGGAUUCCAUUUGAUAUGAAAGUUUUUUUGGAAACAUACUACAACAGCACAAGGGGUGAUGCAGGGUUUUUUAGCUGCGAGCAAAGAUUUCAGACUCCAGCGCGAUAAAUUAUCUUUCCAUCCAUACCAAAGCAUACCAUAUAUAAUAAGAGAUGGAAGAUCACUUGAGAAUAGAAAAUUGUAUGAUACACUGAGUGCACCGACAAGAUCCUUGAUCGUGUAUAUAUAGCUUGAGUCUCCCCCAAAACUGGUUUUGUAGUAUAUUCAAACCAACUGUUGGUGACUUUGUAUAUAAUUUAUUUAUAAUUUAUCUUUCUAUUUUAGAUCUGAUUCCGGUGUAGUUAAUAUUUAUGAUAAACAAUGUUUUGAGGACGAAUUUCCAAAACCCAUUAAGGCUGUAAUGAAUCUGACGACCAGAAUUGAUAAACUGAAAUUUAACUGUACAAGGUACUGUAUAUCAAAUUGGUUUUGAACAUGCGUACAUAUAACCAUAUUGAAGGGUUCUUGUAGUGGAAAUUUCGAGCGGAAGGUUGAAAACAAUUCUCAGACCUAACAAGGAGCAGCUGCGAAAAAUGCUGCUAUACUCUAUACUGGUAGGAAUAGAUCAUGCGGUCUGGUUCCUUUUGUUUCAUUUUUCGUAGCUGGUGGUCUGAAAAUUUAUGUAAUCUUUCGCUCGAAAUCUUUAUCUACAAAAACCCUUCAACUGUUAGUUCUGUCGAGCGAGGUGCCCAAAUUCUUGAUAUUUACAUAUAAAAAUGGUUCAAGAUCUUAUAUAUACUGAAUUGUACCCAGUCCUCUGCGGCAAAAUACUUUCUGGAAAUUACCACCCAUCCCACCCUUCAACGACUUUGCACCACUUUAUCAUAACACAUAUAAAAAAAAUCUGUAAAUAUUGUUUUGUUAUGCAAUCCGUCAUCAAGAUUCGCAUGGACUGCAAUUCAUGCAGUGUUAUAAAUAAAGUAUUAUAUAGUAGUUACUGGUUAACAUGUUAUUACAGGUACGUCCAGAUUUUGUAAUGUACAGUAUUGGACUUGAUUUUGCAAGUCUGGUUGUAAAAAUAAAAAAAUAAAAACAUUUGGUAGGGGAUGGAGUGCUCCUAAAGGUCACCCUCAACCCCAUAACUCACACAAAUCAAUGUAUUACAUAGCUAGUGUAUUUUAAAGUAAACAAUGACCAUCACGGGGAUCCACUACCCCUUGGACGUUAAAGUAAACAAUGACCGUCACCGGGAGCUACUACCCCUUGGGCAUUUAGGAUGCCCAUCUCGGGGAGCUAUUACCCCUUGCAGGGUAAAGUCUAACAUGCAUGGGGGAACACGACCCUCUGAGGACAUAUAAUUAUAUCAUAAUCAUAUUGCUGUAAUAGUGAGUCUGUGGGACGACACUUUGGCCACAGUUUAAAGUAUAAUCGGAGCAUUUCUCCUCAACAACCCUUCUCCCACAACAUUGUGUGUGUCAUAGUUGGUUUCUUAAUUGUCUUAGAGUAUUUGCUUAACGAAUUGGUGCAUUAAUGAUACUUUUGGAAAACAAGUUAAAGUUCAGUUAGUUCACUAAUUUCGUGUGUGAGACUCUUGUGUAUUCAUUUUGCAGUGAAAUUCUUGGAAUAUCGUCAAGGUCUAUCAAGAAUGCAUUCAGAUUGGUACGUGAUGUGGAUUAUUUGUCAGUUUAGUAUAUGUAAUGUAUUUUACACAAUAUAUAUAUUAUAUAUGAAAACCUGCUAGAUCUUUGACCUAUUUCGAUCUUCCCGAAAUGCAGGGAGUGAACCAAUCUUGCAUUCCACUCAAGUUAUACACCACCGAUAUAUCCGUUAUUAACCUUUUUCUGCGCAUUAGAAUCAUAUGAGCACUGAGCCCAAAACGUCGCGGAAAUACCCAUGUUCACCAAGUACAAUCUUUACUAUUAUAAAUUCUAAUUGCACGAAGCAGUAAAAUCGUUAUCGGUUUGGCAAUAAUUCCUUCAUUUCUUCUAACAUUUACAGUUCCAUGUUCCAUCGCUUACAGUUUUUUCCAACUGGCCGACAUCCAGUACUCCAUUACGAUAUGUUGAAACAUUUGACUUUUCACCAAGGAGCGGUUACCUUGCGAUCGGAAAUGACCGUGGCCGAGCAUUGCUUUUCAGGUGAAUGAUUGAUCUAAUGAUUCUAUCAACUUUUCACGCUUUCAUACUUUUCCUUCAAAUAUCCAUGUAUAAUGUAAUUUUGCAUGAAUAACAUGACGUUAGAUCUCAUUGUGAACUGAUUAAUCGACGUCACUUGUGGAGUAUAAGUAUUUUCAUUUCCCAACUCGUCAACCAGUAUAUACUGAUGUAGCGACUUAGCCGUUGGAAAUAAGAAAUCAAAAAUAAUCAUGAAUUAACAGUUAUGGUAUACACUUUUCCUGGAACACUCCUAACGAUAUUCAGUACUAUCUAAGACUCUAUUUCAUUUAGGUUAACGUACCUAACCUAAACUUGAUUGAUGUGUGUUGAGCCACUUCCCCCUCUGUUUGUAUAGCCCCUGUUCUCCCUUUACACAAAGAAACAUGUGAGCUGAUUAGGUUUAUUAAUUCACGUUUAUUGUGACUCAGAACUAUCUUAAACAAAAGCUCAUCGCAACUUCGUUUCUUCUGUUGCGUCAUGCUUGCAAGCGAGUUUUCCCCAACUUUAUUGGCUUUUAACCUGCAUGCAUUUUGACCUCAUUCUCAUUGAACCUCUUUUCUAUAAGUCCGUGCCUUACCCCCACCCAACCUCAUAAACCUGCCCUAAAUAUAAGUAACAUCUUCCAAGGAGGAUUUACGGUAAUUUUAAAAUUAUUCAUUAGUUAAGUAGUAGGUAAGUCUGUCAGGAGAUUCAAAUUAAAGUUCUAAACAAAGUUUAUCCAUCAAUACUCUAGAAACGCUUGUUAUUGUCUUCACAAAAUAGUCUCGUGUAAUUCAUGAAGUUGAAGGGUUUUUGUAGAUGGAAAUUUCAAGCGGAAUAUUAUAUACAAUUUUAGACCUAAUCAGGAGCAGCUGCGAAAACUGCAAAUAGGUCCUCUGGCAGGAGUCGAGCCAGGUGUUUUGCACGUACAUUUAACACUUUUUUGCGUGACCGGAAUCCAGGGGUGGAAAAAUAUUUUACUUUCUGGGAUCCCAAGAAACAUGAAAACUGCAAAUAGGCCCUCUGGCAGGAGUCGAGCCAGGUGUUUUGCACGUACAUUUAACACUUUUUUGCGUGACCGGAAUCCAGGGGUGGAAAAAUAUUUUACUUUCUGGGAUCCCAAGAAACAUGAAAACUGCAAAUAGGCCCUCUGGCAGGAGUCGAGCCAGGUGUUUUGCACGUACAUUUAACACUUUUUUGCGUGACCGGAAUCCAGGGGUGGAAAAAUAUUUUACUUUCUGGGAUCCCAAGAAACAUGAAAACUGCAAAUAGGCCCUCUGGCAGGAGUCGAGCCAGGUGUUUUGCACGUACAUUUAACACUUUUUUGCGUGACCGGAAUCCAGGGGUGGAAAAAUAUUUUACUUUCUGGGAUCCCAAGAAACAUGAAAACUGCAAAUAGGCCCUCUGGCAGGAGUCGAGCCAGGUGUUUUGCACGUACAUUUAACACUUUUUUGCGUGACCGGAAUCCAGGGGUGGAAAAAUAUUUUACUUUCUGAGAUCCCAAGAAACAUGAAAACUGCAAAUAGGCCCUCUGGCAGGAGUCGAGCCAUGUGUUUUGCACGUACAUUUAACACUUUUUUGCGUGACCGGAAUCCAGGGGUGGAAAAAAUAUUUUACUUUCUGGGAUCCCAAGAAACAUCAAGAAAACUGCAAAUAGGCCCUCUGGCAGGAGUCGAGCCAGGUGUUUUGCACGUACAUUUAACACUUUUUGCGUGACCGCAAUCCAGGGGUGGAAAAAUAUUUUACUUUCUGGGAUCCCAAGAAACAUGAAGAAAACUGCAAAUAUCUGUGUGAUGCUAAAAAAUAGCACAACUAGGGGGGGGGGCACUACCAGGGGGAUCCAUGCUCCCCAGAAAAUUUUGAAAAUUUAAAUUAGGUGUUCCAGCUAAAAAUGCAUUUGCCAUACAACAUUUGUUACAUUUAACAGUUAUUCUACGAACUCGAGUCGAAUAUGAGCUGAUAGCCGAUGAGGCGCGUAGCGCCGAAUCGGCUAUCGCUCAUAUUCGACGAGAGUGAGUGGAAUAACUGUUUUAUUAUAUACACAAGGUCUGAAUUCACAGACUUUGCUUUUCGGAUAUUUUCAAUAUUUUUCUAUUUUGUUUAUGUUUUUAUCUUCGCUCUUUCGGCCGAUUAUUUCUUCAAAAAUAUAUAUUUUUAACCAUUUUAAAUUUUAAAAAUUCAUUUGCUAACCUGUAAACAAUUUGUGGGAAUCUUUUCAUUGUGUUUUUAAUCCUGUAGAGGCUACAAAAAGCGAACAACUUGCCGUUUUCUCGUUCGCAAAAAUCGGAAAUUCAGUUUGAGCCGCCAUUUUGUUUUUCUCUACUAGUAGGAUAUGAGCUAAUAUCCUGCUAGUAGAGAACCAAUCAGAUUGCAGAAUACCUCGUAUCCAGACCUUGUGUAUAUAAUAUUAUUCUAUAGUCUAUAUAUUUACACACUAUUGCACUAUUAAGAUGGAUGCACUCAUGCAUAAUUGCAUUUCUGAGGUCAUACCUACAGUACAGGUAACAUUCUUUCUAUUAGUUAGAAUUUUUCCUCUGAACUCCUUUUAUCCAUUAAAUUUUUACAAUUAUCUUUUUUUUCUUUCUUGGAGAAAUAUUUUCUUGAACCAAUGGUCCUGUGUGAUCCUUUUUACACCCCUGCCAGAAUCUCCCAAUUAUUAUUUAUUUAACAAACUCAUUUUUCUGCUUCUCCCUGAUUUAGACUAAACCACUAUAUUGAUGCCUAG